UCCUAUUCCCCCUAACACACAAAGCUAAGUAAAGUAUUUCCCUCACUUCUCUUCUCAACAAACUUACAAACCCAAACAAAACAAUUUUCACUCUCAAAUUCCAAUCAUUAUUAUAAACUCUUUAACUCUCUCUGUUCAUCACAAACUUACAAUUCUUUUUCAACAUACCCACAUGCUCAAACUAAUCCUUCCCCUUGCUUCCGCCACCCUUUUCCUUCUCCUCCUAAUCACCAUCUUCCUUCUUCGCCUUAAGCUCUCCAAAAAUCACGACAUCGAGAAAUCCUCCACCACCCACAAGACCAACAACAACAACAAAACAGAUCACACCCCCCUUCCGCCCCCGCCGGAGCUCACCACUUUUGAGGGCGGCCAAGAUUUGACCAUCGACGAGAUUUUAGAGGCUCCCGGAGAAGUGAUCGGAAAAUCCCACUACGGAACUCUGUACAAGGCUGUGUUACAGACCACCCAAACCAUCCGGCUACUUAGAUUUCUCCGGCCGGCCGCUGCCGGAGGUGAGGACCAGCACGACCUCGUUCGGUUCCUGGGUUCGGUUCGGCAUCGGAAUUUGGUUCCGUUGCUAGGAUUCUACGCCGGCGGGAGGGGUGAGAAGCUUUUGGUUCAUCCGUUCUACGAACAUGGGAAUCUGGCGGAGUUCAUUAGAGACGAUGGGGAAUCAAAAAAUUGGGAAGUGAUUUGCAAAAUCGCCAUCGGAAUCGCCAGAGCCUUACAUCAUCUUCACAGCGGAUUACAAAAACCAAUCUCCCAUGGAAAUCUCAACUCCAAGAACGUUCUUCUCGAUCAAAAUCUCGACCCCCACGUCUCCGAUUUCGGCCUCCAUCUCCUCCUCAACUCCGCCGCAACUCGAGAAAUGCUCCAAGUUUCCGCCUCCUCUGGCUACAAGGCGCCAGAACUUAUCAAUAUGACCCACGCUGAUGAACGCACCGACGUCUACAGCUACGGAAAGAUCUUGCUCGAGUUGCUCAUCUCCGCCAAAGAGCCGACGAUUCGUAAUCCGGUUGCUACCGGUGAUUCCGGUGUCUCUGGAGAGCAGAUUCUCCGAUGCCUUGUUCAGAUCGGGGAGGAUUGUUGUCGUUCUUCGCCGAAUCUUCGACCGGAUUUUAGGGAAGUGAUUGCUAAGAUUGAAGAAAUCAGAAGAAUUGAGAAGAAUUAAUUUUUUCUUUUUCUUUUUGGGAUGAGUUUGGAGCAAUUGAUUUUUUAAAAUUAUUUUAAUUAUAGAUUAUUUAAACGAGGGAUAUGAUAAAUCAUUAUAGAGUUUUGAUUUGAUUAAGUUAAUCAAUUAAUUUAAUUUAUUCAAA